AUGCGACAGCGGGCAUUGCCUGGCACCGAGAGCCGUUUUCCAUGGCAUCUCCACGCAAUGGGGCCGCAUAGGAGUGACGAUGGCACAUACCAGAACAUUCCCAAAGAGGACGUCGAUUUUUUUUUCAACAUUCGGAAGAUAGAACGAGGAAUGUUUAAGAAUCUUAAUGUGGCCGAUCAUCUGUUCUUCUUCCCUCGUCAGUUGGAGGGAACAUUCCUAUCCUAUCUCAUCCAGUUAUCCCCUUGUCAGUUGGAGGGAACAUUCCUAAUCUAUCUGAUCCAGUUCUUCCCUCGUCAGUUGGAGGGAACACCCCUAUUCUAUCUCAUCCAGUUCUCCCCUUGUCAGUUGGAGGGAACAUUCCUAAUCUAUCUGAUCCAGUUCUCCCCUCCUCAGUUGGAGGGAACACCCCUAUCCUAUCUCAUCCAGUUCUCCCUCUUGGAGGGAACACCCCUAUCCUAUCUCAUCCAGUUCUCCCCUUGUCAGUUGGAGGGAACACCCCUAUCCUAUCUCAUCCAGUUCUCCCCUCGUCAGCUGGAGGGAACACCCCUAUCCUAUCUCAUCCAGUUCUCCCCUCGUCAGUUGGAGGGAACAUCCCUAUCCUAUUUCAUCCAGUUCUCCCCUUGUCAGUUGGAUGCCCACCUAUCCCUCCAUCAUCCAAUUACCCCCAGCCCACCUAUCCCUCCACCAUCCCACUUCCCCCAGCCCACCUAUCCCUCCAACAUUCCACUACCCUCAGCCCACAUAUCCCUCUACCAUCCCACUUCCCCAGCCCAGCUAUCCCUCCACCAUCCGAUCAACUCCGCCUCAGCUAUCCUUCCACCAUCCCAUUACACCCUCAGCCCUAAUAUUCCUCCACCAUCACAUUACCCCUUGCCCCAGCUAUACCUCCAUCAUCCCAUUAACUCCGCCCUAGCUAUCCUUCCAUCAUCCCAUUACAUCCGCCCCUUCUACAAUCCCAUGACCACCGGCCCAGCUAUCUUUCCUGCAUCCCAUUACCGCCAGCCCACCUUUCCCUCCAUCAUCCCAUUAACUCCACCCCAGCUCUCCCUCUCACAUUCCAUAAACCCUAAAUCCCAACUAUCCCUUCAUCAUCCCAUAAACUCCAUCCCAGCUAUCCCGCCACCAUCCCAAUACCCCCAGUUCACCAAUCCCUCCACCAUCCCAUUACCCCCAAGUCCACCAAUCCCUCCAUCAUCCCACUACCCCCAGUCCACCUAUCCCUCCAACAUCCCACUACCCCUAGCCACCUAUCCCUCCACCAUCCCAUUAACUCCGCCCCAGCUAUCCUUCCACCAUCCCAUUACCCCCCACCCCCGGCCCACCUAUCCCUCCAACAUCCCUUUACCCCCGGUCCACCAAUCCCUCCACCAUCCCAUUAAAUCCGCCCCAGCUAUCUCUCCACCAUCCCAUUACCCCCUCAGCCACCUAUCCCUCCAACAUCCCACUACCCCCACCCCAGCUAUCCCUCCACCAUCCCAUUACCCCCUCCAGUUCAGCUAUCCCGCCACCAUCCCAUUACCCUCCAGCCAACCUAUCCUUCCACCGUCCCAUUUCCCCCUCUCCAGUCCAGCUAUCCCGCCACCGUCCUAA